AUGGCAUCAGCGAGCAACCCCGGAUUUUACCUCCUAGCAAGUCCGGGGUCUAUCGAAGCCAGCACACAGGAUGGGACGAGUUAUGCACGUGGAAUCGUCUCUGGUGUCUCGAUCUGCGACGGGAUGUGGCAUCACAUUGCAGCGGUACGGGCUGGGGCCGAGUUCGUGAUCUACCUGGACGCUGUAGCUCUUCCAACACAGCAAUCAACGAACGGCAGCCCGCCACUGAAUAUCAAUUCCAGUGACCGAAUGAUGGUCGGAGCUGUUGAUUCAUCAUCUAUCGAUAACCAGCACUACGAUGGGCUGCUUUCCGAAGUGCGAUUCUGGAGCGAGGCUCGCACACCUCACCAAAUUCCUAUGGAUGUGAGGUUCCGGCUGCAGGCGGACUCGAUCAAGAGCUCUUUGAUUGGAUACUGGCCCGCAAUUUUUGGGAUCACACUCGACUUUUCGCCCACGAGAAACACGUACCGUUCAUGGCCAACUGACUAUGGCAUCUACGCGCUGGAAGCCGAGACCUCCACAAACAAUUGGUCGCCUACCGGACAACUUGCCGUGACCUCGACGGGCUUCGUGGUCUUGAAAAGUUCCACCAUCCUCGACGGGGCCAAAUACUUCGCGGCGCGUCUAAAAUGGUCAAGCUCCGGCUCCAGCAAUACCAAUCCCUCCACGGGGAUCUUGAAGUUCAGAAUGCGUAGCUCAGAUCCUACAUAUUGGCCAGCCAAACAGGUUGGCGAGUUGUGUGAGGGUAUAAUACAGCCCAAUGGCUCCGCAUCCACCAACAUCCGCGGCACCCUCAUGCCCCAGCGCAUUGGAUGCGGCGUCGUUCUAAACGUCGGGACGGGACUCGUCCUCACAAAUAGAAAUGGAACGGCGGUGGUCAGCCCAGGGAUCUCAACUGCCCCUGGUCACCUCUGCCGGUACGCUGGGGACAAGUUGUAUGACAUGAUGACGCAGUUGGCGAUUCAGGUUCAUGCAGCAAGUGCCGGACAUUCGGUGCAAUUUGCAGCGCCAGAUCCCAGCCAAGACAGUCUGCAGAGUUUUGAUUUCAACACUUCUGGAAAUUUUGCGCUCAAGUCUUCACAAACUGUAGCGUUGGGCGUUGAUGGAGCAAACAGCGUGGUUACGGUGCCGCUCGAUAUGACUGACGACUCUCAGAAAUGGCUCGCCUUGUCUGAUGCAAGGAUUUUCUGGAACGAUCUCGCUUCAUCGGCCGUUCUGAACGGAAACGGGACCAGCCUUUCUGUUGUUGGAAAGAGUGAGGGAAAUCCCACGCAGUCCUGGUAUAAAUUCCGCAACUCGUUCUUCUGUGAAGGGAACAACCUCGCAUUGACGAUCAACGGCAUUUCAGCACCGGGAGUUUCACUGUGCUUAGCAAGAUGGUCGCGGACGAAUACAAGCCAGGAAUUUGUAUUGCGCGGUGGCCUGCUUAUCCAUAAGCAUAGCAACUUGAUUGUCGUAGCCCAGGGAAAUAUAGGCGAGGGUGCAACGGUUGUUCUCGCAGAAAAAACGUCGAAUAAUCAACCGCUCGGGGCCCAGUGGUCAUUGUCGGCAUUUGCGCCCCCCAUCCAUGGGACAGAUGAUGAUUUUGAACAGCCUGACUUUGUGACAGACGGUGCAAACCAUUUAGUAACCUACAACAUAUCCAUCACAACCAGUAGCCGGUGGUUCUCAGGCACAAAUGAUACGAUCGAGGUAGCUUUAGCUGAUACUGCCCAGGGAGAGGCCUUCAACAUAGCGAGCCUUGAAUAUCGUGAUCGCCCCAUGAGACGGGUGCGCUUUGUUUACAUUGCUUGCGGCCGCGCCAACUGGCUUUCUAGCACCCACUGGCGCUGUGACCGGAUCGUGGUCCGCCAGAGCAAUAUUACCGAUGGCUGGGCAUACAGCAGCAUCCGUGACCUCUGGUCGGGUAGUAUAGGUCAUUUGAUGCGCCAGUACGAAACGCUUUAUAUGGACCAGUUCUAUUCCACAACCGAUUCCACGAUGCGCCUCGGCAAAGCACCUGGUCGGGAUGAAAGUAGCCAGGCCAAGGGUUGGUACCAUACCUGGAUCUCCGUGGUUAGCGAUGUCGACCCGUCAAUAGUAACCUACUUUGACUGUGCCGGCGGUCAUGGUGGAGAAGGUGCUCAAGACAACGUGCUGGAAAGGAAAUGCGUCCUCAACGACAUCGUUCUAAUGUCUACAGGCAAAUCGAUCAGCUCGAAAAAUCUUUUACAGCCGACAUACGGCACUGACCGUACGGACGGUGUGGGAAACGCCAAUCUCCCCUCCGAUGGAAAAAUCAACUGGGACGGACAAUGCCACCAGAUCGCGUAA